AUAUGGCCCGCCCGGUCCGCAACGCUUGGAAAUGUAGAGGGCCAUAUGGACCGUCCGGUCCGCAAUGUGUUAAGUAUAAAGCAGCAGUGGCCAGUGUGUGGGAGUUCAACAUUUUGAAUUGAAUUGAAAUACCUAUAUUAAUUUACUGUCAAAAACAUAAAUACGGAAACUUCAUUAAAGAUGCUAGUAAGAAGGUUGGCAUAGAUGAAAAUGCAGAGGGAAUGAAAUAUAUUAUAUGUCAUCACCAGAAUGACAGUCGUAAUAUACACUUAAUAAAUACUUAAGGAAUCUAGCAAUGUUCAGAUAUUUGGGAAUGACAGUAAGGAAUCAAAAUCAUACUGAGCCUCAUCCAGAGCUAGGAGAAUGCUAAUGAAUCCGUCAAAACAUGAGAUUCUACGAUACAUUUUGUAAUAUAUUGUUCACUUUUUCCAAUGGUUUGUUUGCCUAUCACCAAACCCCAUUGUUUGGGAUAACACUUUUCUGCUUGCCAAAAUUGCUUGUUCAGUACAACCAUAGCUGUCCCCAGCAGUAUUUCUGGGCUGUCUGCUUUCUUCUCUUCAGAUGCAUCAUGUCAUGUAGAGAGCAAUCCCCUACUUAUCAUAAAGCAUUGAUAUGAAAAAUGAAGGAAAAACCUCAAAGACGUCACAAGUACAUUGGUUAAAGCAAGGUACAUGGUCUAUUCUGCCCUAUGAUACAAAGGUGUAGUAGUAGGUUGAUAAUUUAUUAAUCCUUUGUGGUAAAAUUUGGGUUUCUCUCCUCCCACCAAUCAUACCCAAUGCACUCAUUCUGCACUCCAGCAGUACCAUUUUCGGCCAACCUCAGUAGGUAGGUAUACCAGCGGCGUAUUGGUGACACUUUCGAUAUCAUGUUUUUUCAAAGCACUCAAAUAUUGUUCAUACCGAUUUCUUGCUCAAAUACAUCUGUUUUUUGAGUAAAAUAGAAAUAUGUUAAGUACUGCAAAAACCAAUAUGCUGUAUGCUUACAAUUGCAAGCAUACAAGUACAUGCGCGAAUUGGUUGUGCGCAUAGUAAAGAAAGACCAACAGAGCUGUAACUCACAAACUUUAAGGCGUUUAAUUUCUCAUUGGGGUGUGCCAUAAAAUUGGUAGGUGACUCGACAUGUAAUGCACAAAAAUCAGCGAUAAACUACACAAUUUACUACCGAGCAAUAGUGUUUCCCAUUAUAUUCAAGAAAUUUUUGGUGAUGAUAAAAAUUGGAAUAUAGGCGGAGAGUAAUGAUAUUUUAUGCAGUUGCAUCGCCUGCGAAGUGCAGAGGCGCUUGAAGAUGGUGGUUGGCUCUACCGUAAGGAAGUAACAGAUUUGUAAAAAGAUGUUUAAUUGUACAUGUGUAUAUGCAAGAUUGUGUUAAAUAGAUUGCUUACAGAUAAAUUAGAAGUGAAUUUCUUUAAUAAUGCCAUAUCCAUCUUCCAAAUUAGCUGUCAGAGACAGUUUCGACGAUGAAGAUGUCAGUGAUGAUGUAGAAGACGAAGUUUUUAUUCGUGAUGGAAGAAAUGGUUUUAAAGUUGAUGAAGAAAGAGGAGUUAAACGGCCACUUAUGGCUCCAAGAAGAAAGUCGAAAUCAAGUCAGUUCCACAGUGAAAUUGGUAGAAAUCCUCCGUGCAGAGCGCUUUGCGCACCAUUUUGUUACGGGUUCAUAGCACUGGCUGUUCUUUUAGGUCUAAUACUGUUGGUAGUAUCUCUAGUGAUGUGGUUCCCAUUUCCAUUAGACAAAGUGAUAAAGUUCUGGAAAGUCGGUGAAGGGUCUCAGUUGGACAGUAUAAUAGUUCCUUGCACUGAGCUAGUUGUUGAAGAUGUAUGGACCAGAAGCUUACCAAAACUGACAGUGGAGUCAGCUGUGCGACUAAAUGAUGUCAAUAGGGAUGGUGUCAUGGAUGUGAUCGUGGGAUAUGGAACAGGAGCUGAUGGACAUAAUGUACCUAAUUUUAUGUGUACUCUUUACUUCGAUCGGAAAACUCCAUGCCUAGGCGGUGUAAUAGCGCUAGAUGGUUUGACUGGUAAUACCAUUUGGCAACACUGGACAUCCCAUCCUAUAUUCACAGUGGAUUGUAGUGCAGAUCUCACAGAAGACAAGACCAGUGACUGUCUGAUUUCAGGAAAGGGUGGAGUACUGCAGCUAGUGAACGGUCAUGAUGGGAGUAAUGUUUGGCAGUUUGUGGAACAAGUUGGAGGGGCAGAGCUUCAUGGGGAACCAUUUGUUGACAUUUUCUCAGCCCAGUUUAUACAGGAUGUGGACGGUGAUGGAUUACCUGAUGUGCUGGCUGCUCACACACAGGACACACCUGAAGGAAUGAAGGGUUGUCUGGUGUUGAUAAGUGGAAAGGAAGGCAAGUUCCUACAGAAAGUGGCAACCCCACAUCAAGAGGAGACCUACUAUGCCCCACAAGUAUUGGUAUACCUAGAUGGUGCAAGUAUUGUGAUGUUUGGAACUGGAGGUCAAGCGAGUCCUGGAGGCUUGUACGCCGUGCCAUUGCAUCAGCUGGUGAAGGGCAACAUGCUGGAGGUUCAGGAGCUGUACAGAGAUGAAGCAAAAGGUAUCAUGUCUCCUCCUGUGUUGGCUGACCUGAACCAGGAUGGCUCAGAAGAUGUUGUGGCAGCCAUGUUCAACUCUGUGGUGAUAGCUUUCAAUGGACUCACCCUCCAGCCCCUCUGGAACGUCUCAUUUCCUGGGUCAGAAACCUUUAGUGCCCCAACUCCUAGUUAUUUUAAUGAUGACAGCAUUCCAGAUUUCCUAGUGAAGUACCAAAAUGGGCCAGGGUUUCCUGUGUACUACUCCUCACAGACUACAGUACUGGAUGGAAAGACAGGGACCCCACUGUUGGACAAGCCUGUUGUGGACACUGCAGGCUCCCAGAUGGGUGGACUUAGCAUUAGUGUGGAAGGCUUGGGCAAUGACCUGCUGCUGUAUUGGACGGCUAACUGCCUGCAUCAUGAGGGACCUACCAAGCCCUUCAGCUUCAUGCCAGGGUCAUCCAUCCAGGCUCAGAGCAGGGCGGACUUGUGCCAAAUGCUGUUCAACUCGACACUCUCCACACAGUUUGUAGCCCUAAGUCAGCAUGUUGAGCCACCAGGAAUUGCUGUGUAUUCAUCAGAAGAACGCAGAGAACUGGAGUACAACAGUUCUGUUAACACAUCUGCCCAGGCUCAUCACUACCUUGAUACGCAUCCAGACUUUUUAGAUGCAUAUCGCCGUAACACAGUGAUCUCCAACAAGAAGAAAGAGUUUGAAGGAGAUACAACAGGAGCCUCUAGUUUCCGUCACAGAGGAGAUGAUUCUGUCUUGGGGAACAAUGUCAAAGGGAAAGGCUCCAAUUACUUCUAUAAUGAGGGUGAUUAUUUGGUAGCAAACCAAGGGCAGAAUAGAAUUUCAAAUGAUGCUGGAGAACAAGAAGAGACGUUGGCCUCAGACUUCCAAGGUAAUAGUGAAUACCUAAAUGUGAGGAAACAUGGAGGUACUCACCCCUUGGAACAAACAUGGCAGCAGCAGGGAGAAGAAGGCAGCAUUCCGCUGACUUACACCAACCUAAUGGGCAGUAAUCCAGGACAGAAUCGAGACUCUGAUUAUGAAGUUCUGUAUGGCCCCAUGAAUGCGGAGUCACUUGGUGGCAGUCAGCAGGGUUUUCCGGUAGACACUCAGCAGGAAAAGAGAACAGUGUACAGGAGAGUCAAGAGGGAUGCACAGCAUGUGCAUGGCUUGCAGCGACUCACUUCAUUAGGAACUGUGGCCCCACCUCUCAGGACAUCGAGCAACAACGACACUAUUGACUUGGUACUUGUAACAUACUGGAUAUAUCCAAUGACUGAGGCUCAGUUGGUACUUGGAAAGUAUAAGGAAUGCCUAGAGAAGAAACAAACAGACAUCAACAAUGCAAAUGGUAAAUAUCACAGUUUUGAUGCUGAAAUGGUUGCAAAGGACUGCUUUGACUACAAAUGGGAAGAGAAACCAGUGGACUCUGUGUCUGGCCAGUUCAGCCUCAACAUGGGCCAGGCUACAGUAUACAGGUUGAGGAUUGCUUGCAGAUGUAGGAGCGUGGGGACAGGGGAGAGGUGCUCAACCAUUCUGCCAUUUGAUCAGCAAAGUUGGCCUGAAUUUAUGGGGCAUAAUGGUAAUGGACAUUUCAGACCAAGAAACAGCUAAAAUCUUGUUUAUGCAGUAACAUCUUUAUACAAAUCAUAUAUUUUCUAAUAUACCAUAAAUGUUCAAGUAAGUCCAAGCUUCUCUUUAUGCUUUUUGUGCAAAUACCUGGCUACAGUUCGAACCCAAGUUAACAUGUGUGUGUGUUGGCAUUGAAUCAAACAUGCAUGGCUUUAAAUUUGUGCUUCUGUCAAACAAUGACAAAAAUUAAAACAUUCAGUUUUCAAUACAUUGUGCUUCCCUGAGAGAUACUGAUUCAGUGAAAGUUAUCAGAUAAACAGUCUAGUGUCUUCAUUAUCAAGUUUACAAGUUCUAUGCUGUUAACCCAGAUUGUUUGGGGCUUGGUCACUAUAUGCAACAGAUCUGCUGGUACCUAAACUCAGUUUGAACCCAGAUUAAUAUGUAAGUCCAGCAUGUAAUUGAACACUUGCGGUAUAUUAAAUUCUGUUGUAUUCAUCAUUGUGUCUGGAAAUUUUCUAUUUAUUUUUAUUAAAUAAUUUGUAAUAUUCACUGUCAUUUGAAAGCACAUGACAGGAACAAUAUGACAUAUUUAUCACUUUUGCCAUGAAAGUUUCUGUGUGUACUGAAUUUAAUUAGCUUGAUUUACCCUAUCAUAUUUAUAUGUUUUUGCUUUAUUUCUGUUUGUAUAUAUUUAAAUAAAAUAGAUGGAUUUAUA